AUGAUAGCUGAAACGACUGAGCAGAUAAAGAAGAUUCGUAGUCGAAUGCUUAUAGCCCAAAGCUGCCAGAAGAGCUAUGCUGAUCAAAGGCGAAAGCCUUUGGAAUUCGAAGAAAGAGAACAUGUCUUUCUGAAAAGGAUUGGGCCAGUGGCUUAUAGAAUCGCCUUACCGCCAUAUCUUUCGAAUUUGCACGACGUAUUUCAUGUGUCUCAACUUAGGAAGUACACUCCUGACGCAAGUCAUGUUCUGGAACCAGAACCAAUCCAAGUAAGAGAAGAUCUAACACUUCCAGUAAUUCCAGUGAGAAUUGAUGAUACUAAUAUUAAACGAUUACGCGGAAAGGAAGUAUCAUUGGUAAAAGUAGCUUGGAGUCGAGCUGGUAUCGAGGAACAUACCUGGGAGCUCGAAUCAGAUAUGCGAAAGGACUAUCCACAUCUCUUUUCAGGUAACUAUAUUUGA